CCGGCCGGUCAUCCAGGAGCUGUGGUUCAUCGUCGUGAUGGCAGCCAUCGCACUCCUGCUGCUGGCCAUCGUGUUGGGUGUCAUUCUUCAUAAGGCCCUAAACAAACCCCCCUUCCCGCGAGAGAGACCCCCUCUGGUGGCCCUGCCCAUGCAGAAGAGGAACCCCAUGGCUGUUUACCCAGCCAGCAACUCUGUCUUGUUCGACACCGUGCAUGACACAACAGGCUUCUCCAACAGUGUCACACUCAAGGGCUUCACCAUGAAGAUGGAGGAAGUGUUUGAGGCUAAGUGUGAGCCCUCUGACCACGCCCCUCCUCAGGGCGAGCUCGGGAUGCUCAGCGUGAACUCUCUGAGACGCAGCGUCAGCCAAGUGAUGGACGGCAAGUCGCUGACUGACGAUGGAACGUGGGACCCAAACAUCUCAGGCCAUGACAGUGGGCUGUUUAUGGAAGAUGAGGAGUUUGUCGACACCGUCAAAGGCUUCAGCACCGUGAGGAAGGAGCACACCAUGUUCACUGACACCAACCUGUGACCUGAGGACGACCUUUGACCCUCACAGGAAAACACAGCCACAGGGUCACAUUAUAUCCACCCGGUUUUGUCUCCAACCCGGAGUUUAAGUGUCAGAGGUCACAACUGUGCGGAACGGAUAAAUGAAGGAAGAGGAAGAAGACAUGAUCCGUGAUGACACUGUUGGAUUAACUGUGGCAACUAAGUGAGAAACGUUAAAACGGGGGAAAAAAAUAUUUCUAUCGAGCGGAAAAAGGAAGAACCUAAUUUUGAAAAAAUGAAAUAAAAGCUUGACAUUUUUAUUUCUCGUCAUCGAAUAGAGACUCCUAACACGAACAGAAAAUGACAAAACAAAACAAAGAUAUAGUGGAAGAAGCAGCAGAACAUAGUUAUGUAUCUGGGUAUUUUAAUUGUUUUUUCCCUUGCUUGAAGGAGUAGUUAUAUCUAAUAUUUUUUCAAGAUGCAUACCUUUUUGUUCACAGAAGGUGUAAUUCCCUAGUUAGCACGGACUGUGAGCAUUGAGCAGCUCCAACACAAAAACCUGACUUUUAUGUACCAUUCCAUAUGAUAUAUAUAGGAAAAAAAAUCCCCCAAUAAUCCAGGAAUUAUUAUCUGGGAAAUGUCUCCAAAAAUGUUAUAAAGUAAUAAAUAAAUUUCUGGACCUGCAUCGAAAUUUGAGUCGUCCCUGUCCAAUGCUACCUCCUCACACCAGGUUUCGUGCUAAUCCGUCCUGUCGUUUUUUCUUAAUCUUACAUACAAACCAACAGUCAGGGGCGAAAUCAGAUGCAAGGCUUUAGAAUAUUAAUUGUUGUACAAAUGAUUUUUCAAAUACCUUCAGUAAAAUGUUCUGCACUAAAAGCUGCUGCUUAAACAGCCGACAUGCAAUGUUUGAAAGAAUAACAUCAGUUAAGUAAACUAUUAUUCACAAUGACGACAAUAUAUUGUG